AAAAUUAACAAUUUGUUACAAAUUAAACACUUUCAGAAACACACAGAAAUGAAAAGCAUUUAUUUAUAGCAAAUACAAAAUAGAUCCAGUUACUGUAUUUAAUCCUACUCUCUUUGUAUAGUAGUAAUUGGAAAACAGAACCCUAAAAGUGAUUCUCUGUAAGAACAAUUCGCCGCCAGAUUGAUCUUUCCUUUUAUAACUCGUAACCCUCUCUCUCAUGACUCCCCUUCUUACAAACCCUCGUCCACCUCCCACUUCUUAGCUCACCUUCCUACUUCCUGUUGCUCUUUUUCUUGAAAUUUAUGGGGUAAAAAGGGUCCCUUUUCAAAUUUGUUGGUUAUCUUUGUUUAUACUCGCUUAAUUUAUGGAAAUAAGUUUCUGAUCACAUAGGUCUGAUGGUUUCAUUAUCAUCAAGAAUUGAACUUUCUCGAAUCUCGAUCGUCAAAGAUUAGAUUUUUAUGAGUUCAAAGCUUUGAUCUUCAGGUUUUCUAUAUGGGUUUUGUCGGUUUUUUAUUGUGAAAACUAAUAGUGUUGGUGCGAAAUCUUUUUAGGGUUUGCGGGCGUGGAUGGAGUUAAUUUAAGCUUUUUUUAUCCUCUUGGAAUUUGUGCAUAAUUUGUUGGUAAGUUCGUGGUGAAAAAAAUGUUAUCUGAAUUGGGAAGCCGACCGAUGCUUGGUAAUAAUGAAAAUUCCUUUGGAGGUGACUUGGAGAAGGAGAUUGGGUUUUUGCUUCGUGAACAGCGACGCCAAGAGGCGAUUGAUCGUGAAAAGGAGCUGAAUUUGUAUAGGAGUGGGUCAGCUCCACCUACUGUUGAUGGUUCACUAAGUGCCGUUGGUGGGUUGUUUAAACAUGGUGGUGUUGUUGGUGGCAGUAGUGGCAAUAGCUCUGCCUUUGCUGAGUAUGCAAGAAAUAAGAGUGGUAAUGGUUUCAUGUCAGAGGAGGAGCUUAGGUCCGAUCCUGCAUAUCUAUCUUACUAUUACGGGAAUGUCAAUCUGAAUCCAAGGCUACCGCCUCCUCUGUUAUCCAAGGAGGAUUGGCGGUUUACACAGAGGUUCCAAGGCGGGAAUUCGACGAUUGGGGAUAGGAGGAAGGUGAAUAGGAUUGAUACUGAUUGUGCUGGGGGAUCCUUGUUUUCGAUGCCUCCAGGAUUCAAUUCUAAGAACCAAGAGAUUGAGAAUGAGACAGAAUGGGGUGUUGAUGGAUUAAUUGGUUUGCCUGGAUUAGGGCUGGGUAACAAACAGAAGAGCCUUGACGAAAUAUUUCAGGAUGACUUUGCCCGUGCUGCUCCUGUAUCUAGGCACCCUUCACGCCCAGCAAGCCGAAAUGCUUUUGGUGAGAAUGUAGAUAACAUUGGUUCAGCAGAGGCUGAGCUGGUUCAUAUGCGUCAUAAAUUGACAUCUGCAGACCCUGUACGCUCUGCUUCAAAUGUUCAGACCUCAUCUGCUUCUCAACAUGUUGGACCGCCCACAUCAUAUUCUUAUGCUGCUGCUUUGGGAGCUUCCUUGUCAAGAAGCUCCACUCCUGAUCCUCAACACAUUGCUCGGGCUCCUAGUCCUUGUCUUACACCCAUUGGAGGAGGCAGGAUAGGAAAUUCUGAAAAAAGAAGCAUUAAUGGCCCUAAUGCCUUAAAUGACACUUCUACUCACAUAAAUGAGUCUACUGACCUGGUAACUGCUUUGUCAGGCAUGGGUCUUUCAGCUACUGGUUCUAUGGAUGAGGAGAAUAAUUUACCGUCUCGAAUUAAACAAGAAGUUGAUGACCAUGAGAAUUUCUUCAAUCUUCCAGGUGGUCAGAAUAACCUGAAGCAGCAUGCAUACCUGAAGAAAUCUGAAUCUGGGCAAUUCAAUAUGUCUUCUGUUCUUCAGCAUGCAAAAAUGAUGCCUUCUGACGCUGGUGUAAGCAAUGGCGAUGGUUUGGAUGUCAGCAACUCUUCUUUUCAAACUGAGCUGCACAAAACCAGUGCUUCUUCUAAUAACUCUUUUGUGCAUGGAUCCUCUACCACAGCAGUUAAUGGUCGGAGUGGCCUAUUUUCUCAAUAUCAGCAUCUGGAUAGUCCAAAUUCAUCAUUUUCGAAUUAUCGUUUGGGUGGCUACCCCAUGAGUCCAAUAUCAGGUCAACUUGGUAAUUCUAAUUUGCCGCCUCUGUUUGAAAAUGCUGCUGCUGCAUCUGCUAUGGCCAUGCCGGGUAUGGACUCUAGGAUGUUGGGGGGAUCAAAUAUGGGAGCUGCUGCCUUAGACCAGAACAUGGGUCGAAUGGGAAAUCAGAUGGCAGGGAGUGCACUGCAGGCGCCUUAUGUGGACCCUUCAGAGUAUGCUGUAGCACAGCUUGCAGCUCUUUACGAUCCUUCUUUGGAGAGAAACUACAUGGGUAAUUCAUACAUGGACUUGCUUCAGAAAGCUUAUCUUGGUACUCUGCUAUCCCCUCAUAAAAUGCAGUAUGGUGUUCCCUUAAGUGGCAAGACCAGUAGUUCUAGUCCUCAUGGUUACUAUGGAAAUCCAGCAUUCGGCAUUGGGUUGUCAUAUCCUGGGAGCCCAUUGGCUAGCCCUGUAAUUCCAACCUCUCCUGGAGGACCUGGUAGCCCUAUGAGGCAUGGUGAGUUCAACAUGAGAUUCCCUGGUGGGAUGAGAAACAUAGCUGGUGGUGUCAUGGGACCUUGGCAUUUGGAUAACCUGGACAAUAGCUUCAGUUCUUCUCUGUUGGAAGAGUUUAAGAGCAAUAAAACCAGGUGUUUUGAACUUUCAGAAAUAACUGGUCAUGUUGUUGAGUUCAGUGCUGAUCAGUAUGGAAGCCGGUUCAUUCAACAAAAACUUGAAACUGCUACAGUAGAAGAAAAAAACAUGGUUUUCUUGGAAAUUUUUCCUCAAGCUCUUACUUUAAUGACUGAUGUGUUCGGCAAUUAUGUUAUCCAGAAGUUUUUUGAACAUGGAAUGGCAUCUCAGAAGAGAGAAUUGGCUGGCAAGCUUUUUGGACAUGUUCUUACACUUAGCUUCCAAAUGUAUGGGUGUCGGGUGAUACAGAAGGCAAUAGAAGUUGUUGAUUUGGAUCAAAAGAUCAAGAUGGUGGAAGAGCUUGAUGGACAUGUCAUGCGCUGUGUGCGGGAUCAAAAUGGGAACCAUGUCAUCCAGAAAUGCAUCGAGUGUGUUCCGGAGGAGCAUAUUCAGUUUAUUGUGUCAACAUUCUUUGACCAAGUUGUGAUUCUCUCCACUCAUCCAUACGGAUGCCGGGUGAUACAAAGAGUACUAGAGCACUGCGAGGACCCAACCACCCAGGACAAAGUAAUGGAAGAGAUUCUGGGGUCUGUAAGUAUGUUGGCGCAGGAUCAAUACGGCAAUUAUGUCAUUCAGCACGUCCUGGAGCAUGGAAAGCCACAUGAGCGAUCUGCUAUAAUUCAGGAAUUAACUGGGAAGAUAGUUCAAAUGAGUCAGCAAAAGUUUGCUUCGAAUGUAGUUGAAAAGUGCUUGACUUUUAGUGAUUCAAAUGAGCGCCAGCUCUUGGUGAAUGAGAUGCUUGGGACAACUGACGAGAAUGAGCCUUUGCAGGCUAUGAUGAAAGAUCAAUUCGCGAAUUAUGUUGUACAGAAAGUACUCGAGACAUGUAGUGAUCAGCAGCGUGAACUGAUACUGUCGAGAAUAAAAGUUCAUCUGAAUGCACUGAAGAAGUACACAUAUGGGAAGCAUAUCGUAGCCCGUGUAGAGAAACUUGUUGCAGCUGGAGAAAGGAGAAUUGCUGCCCAGUCUUCACAUCCUUCUUAGAUGCUUUAGGAAAGAAAGUUGUUGUACAGCUAACUGAGGCUAGUUUGAGCUGCCUCUUCCUCCUUCCCUCUGUCUUUCGUCUCUUUCUUUUGUACGUGGUGCUCUGCUCCUACCUUUCUUUCUGGAAGGUUUUGCAAAUAAAGGUGUCGCCUGCAUAAAAAAAACUAAAACUGUACACUGUAUAGUUUUACGUUUAUACAUAGUCUAGUAAGCUGCGGCUCAGAGAUCAAGGUUUCGCGAUGCUUCACUACCAAGGAGUGACAAAGAGCGAGUUUUAAAGAGUGUAAAGUUGAUAAAAGUGUGAGGUAGUAUGUAGUUGCUACUUGACUGUACAAAUGAUGCGAUGUGGAGAGUUGGUUAUCUAGGUGAGGCCAAGGCUGUCGUGUAUGCUAUUUUCUUAUUUAGCCGAUACAUUCAGUUCUUCAUAUUCUGGUUUCUUGGUU